UGACUGGUAAAGUGUGUCGUUGAAUCCAAUUUCAAUGGCAGCAACCACUUACUCAGAAAGACCAUUCUAUUUCCAUCAUUCCAUUUCUUCUCGUUAACCAUAUCACACGCUAUUCUAUUCCAAAAUCACCAUGACAAACCCUAAAUUAUUUUCCAGCGGAAUCGAGCUUGCAUCUUUCGUAACGAGUUCUCGCAUCCUCUGUAAAUCAUGGAAUACUAUCUCAUCAUCUGAACCUGAUAAUGAAGAUAUUGUUUCAUAUAAUGGUAUAGGACUAUCUUGGAAGGUUGACUCGGGUUCAGAUUUUACAAUUAUAGCGUUUAAUGCCACCGUAGAUUCUUCCAAUGUUGAAUCUGCUGAUUUAGUUUCUUCUUCUGAACUUAAGGAGGAAAAUUUCCUUGAUUUUGAGUUUUUGUGUUCCAGGAGUAUUCCAAAUUUCUCUCUUAAUGAAACUGCAGUUUCACUCUUUCGUCGAAAUUAUCAGGAGUUUGAUAGGUUGAAAUCCCAGAUUAAUAGUUCCAAUCCACGGACUUCGAUGAUUGUUACUGGACAUGGUCUCGGAGGAUCAAUUGCUUCUCUCUUUAUUAUAUCACUAUUACAUAGCAUUGGUUCAGGAAAGAAUCGUCCACUCUGCAUCACCUUUGGUUCACCCCUUGUUGGUGAUAGGAGAUUGAAUAAAGCCAUAUCUCGUAGUUCUAUUUGGAAUUCUUGCUUCAUACACGUUGUAUCACACAAAGACCCACUUCCAAGGCUCUUCAUUACAAAUCAAACCAGUUCCUACAUGCCUUUUGGAACAUUUAUCAUGUGUUCUGAUGCAACCUCUUUUGAGAACCCUGAUUCUAUCUUGGAAAUAUUCGUGGCAUUAGCCUCAGUCCAUGAUAAAAAUCAAGGACUUGAAUCUGUUGAUUAUGGAAAUAUAGUAAAAAAUCUCUAUCUUAAAGCAACAUGCAUAGGUUUUUCCACUCAGGCUGAAAACACGACUGAACCAGACUCUCUAGCAACUGGUAUUAGUUUGCAGUUGCGGGCACUAGGAUUGACACCAAAUAUGCAGGUGGGGCAACAAGAAAACAUUGAUAUCAAUGCUCUGGAAAGAAAGUUGACAGAACUAGAAGAAAAAUUCAUCCUGCAGAAGAAGAUAUUGUUUGAGCCAUCCAAGAAAUUGAACGACAUUAAGAUACAAAUGGCCUAUCUUGAAUGGUAUAAAAAGGAAACUAAGAAUCUACAAAUAGGGUACUAUGACAGCUACAAAAACAUGAACACACCAUUUGACCAUGAUGUUGUUGAGUUCCAUAGAAAGCUCACUAGUUACUGGGAAAAGAUGGUUGAAGAAGUUGAAAUGAAGCCUCAAAAAGAAGGUGCAGCUUUUCGUACCCGUUGGCUAUAUGGUGGGACUACUUACAGGAGAAUGGUUGAGCCUCUAGCUAUUGCUGACUUCUAUAGAGAAGGCGGUAAAGACUACGUUAAUAAUAAAAGGUCCAAGCAUUUCAAACAGUUGGAUGAGUGGUUGAUGGAAGAGUCAAAAACUGCCAAAAGCGAUAUAAACCGUACGAGUAGAAAGAAUGUAGAAGCUAUUUUGACUAUAGAUUCUUGCUUUUGGGCGCAUGUUGAAGAGGCUCUCCUUUUAUGCAGAGAGUUGAAGGUUGUCAAAGAGAAAGAAGAGAUACUAAAGAAAUUGUUUGAAUUUGAGGAGUAUGUAUAUCAGUUGCUCAAAGAUUAUGCAGUGUCUCCUGAUAUUUUUCUGCCACAAAGCCGUUAUAUUCGAUGGUGUAAUGAGUAUAAAGCAAUUAAGGGAUCUUCAUACACUUCAUCGCUCGCGAAUUUCAUGAACGAUGGUACAAAGAUUAAGCAGUAUGCUAUUGGUGCUUAUGAUUUCCCUUGAAAUGUAUUAGCCAUUUACUACAUCAGUCUCAUUUUAGAACUUUUUUGUGAGUUAAAAUGGUGCUUUUAAUAGGGGACAGAGUUAGAAAUAAAUAGUAUGUAUCAUAUGUGUGUAUUAGAUUAUGAUUUUAAUAGCUUGUGUAUUAGGGAUGAGUGACAGAUACACCUACAAAUAUUUCUGAUUCUGUAAUGUUGUACAGUAGACCUUUUUUUUUGGGUGCAGAAACAUAUGAUAAACUAUGGUGCAUGUAUAGUAGAAGUUUAUUUUUAGAAAGAACAAUAUUUCUAUUGUGUACUAAAGUAUAUAUGAAAACAAUAUUUCUAUUGGACAAGUGAGAAAGUGAAAGAACUAGAUAAUUCGGGAUUUAAAUUUUGGUGAACUGGAAAAAUUAGAUCGAGAAAUGAGGUGGAGAUUAUUGUGGACAAGGAGGGGAAAAAAGAUAUUGUGGAUGCAAAAAGAAUAGGAGAUCAAAUCAUAUCGUUGAAAUUUGUAGUAGAACAAGA